AGUGCCAUUUUAACACAAUAGACGGGUUUUAAGUUGUGGUGGUGGUGAUGAUGAUGAUAAUAACAAUAAUAAUAAUACUAAACAUGGUUAAUAAAACACACAAGUUCGCACAGUAAUCAAAUAUGAGAUUAUCAUGAGGUUUCACUUUGAACUGGUGGCCACGACGUCGGCUCCCCGGUGACAACCUCUACAUAAGGAAGACUGCAAUUGACUCCAAAUGGGCGGAGGCGGAGCCCCAGAGUUAGUUGACGCCACCCAGCACCGCCCGCUCCGGUUAUCUGCACGUUUGACCAGGCAGCAGCAGAUGCGCCGGGCAAAGCCAAGUCCCUUAAGAAGCUACUAGUCCAAUUAACCAAGGGGAGGCGGAAAUCCACGCAUGUCGGUCGUCAGACCAACUUACUUCACCUGGAGUCGGCUCGACGAUGGAUAUGAGCGCCGCUCCGGCAUAUGAUGACGACCCGAUACCCGCCAUCAACGAACAAGUUGGGGGACCAGAAGCGACACGGUGUCCUCAGUGAGAUGCUGGUGCACUCUGAGCGUUAAUAGUCGCGGUCUUGGCUCACACAUUAAGCCUCCAUAAGCUCUACAACAGAGGCCAGGCCUGGACGCGCGUCAUCUGGCGACGCGACGGAGUUUCCUCGAGCUGUUUGUCAAGGUGGACGUUAACAUGGAAACACACACUGAUGUGCUGCUCGUCACCGCGAAUGUCGGCUCACUCUUUGACAAUGUGGGUGAAAUUCAAAAUGAAUGGUUACAAGAAUUGUAUAAGACUAUCCACAACUACAAGCCGCAGUUCAUUGCCCUGCACUUCCAGGAGGUGGGAGGGAAGGACUAUAUGGUCAACAUGGGCCAUGCUGAAGACUUCUUUAGGAGCAUUGAGACCAGUGAGGAAAUGAAAGACUUUAACAGGGUCUGCAUCUAUGUGGAUAACCAGUUCCAAGCAGAGAACAGCUUCACAGCUUUGGGGAGCAUGUACUUCAUCCACAAGACACUGAAAGACAUCCAUCAGUAUGAUUUUAAUGUUAAGGAUUUUAAAGCAGUGUCAGGGCAGAACAAGCAUGUGGGCUCUCUGGACAGGGUCACCACAGUGGAAAAAGAAAAAUUCCCAAAGAAUUUCUGGCCUGAUUUCAAGUGGUCCAGAAAGGGCUUCAUGAGGACCCGCUGGAUCAUACACAACCAAGCUCUGGACCUGGUCAAUGUCCACCUGUUCCAUGAUGCCUCCAACCUCAUUGCCUGCAACUCAAGUCCUUCCAUUUACUCAGCUAACCGCAAGAACGCGCUCAGAUAUGUCAUCAACAGGAUAUCAGACAGCCGCUUCCCUCUUCUGCCUUUCUUUCUAUUUGGAGAUUUCAACUUCCGUCUGGACACACAAAGUCUUGUCCAGCAUUUGUCAACUUCAGCAGAUGUUCAGACAGUGAAGAAGGACAGCAGUAACGAAGUGGAGAAAAUCAUCUGCGAAGAAAAGGACAACGACCACCAGGUGCUGCUUCACAUUGAGGAGAAGCUGUUCACAUAUCUACAUCAGGCGGUUUUUAGAGAGGACAACGGUAGAGCGCUUUUGAAAUAUGACAAAGAACCUGCAGCCUUUCAUGAUGUUAUUGGGGAAGAGGACAUCAAAUUUCCACCCAGCUACCCCUACAGUGAAGAGUACACUAAGCCAACCCAGUACAUGAACACCCGCUGUCCCGCCUGGUGCGAUCGUAUACUCAUGUCACACACUGCCCAAGAGUUCAUCCACAAGAGAGAUGAUGAAGAAAAGACCGUUGUUUACAACACAGUGGGUCCUAAUGUCUGUAUGGGGGACCAUAAGCCGGUUUUCUUGUUCUUCUCACUGAAGAAUGACUGAACAUUGACUUGGAUCCUUCUGAAUGGUCUAUAACUGCACCAUCCUCAGAUCUCUGCCACAGACACAGAACUAGAUGGUAAUCAGCACGAUGGUCACCCGCUACAACCCACCCGUCAGCCAGCUGCUGCAAAACCCUCUUCCUCACAUUGCUGGUGUCUCACCUGCCGACCACAGCUCGAGUGACACAAGCACAGAUUUACCAGCAGCUUUCGUUGAUUUCUGGGUCUGUUAAAUCCCCUGACCUGAAAGCUCAGUGUCACUGAAGAUGCUUCUACAAUUCCUGCUUACAGCAGCGAAGACUGUUUUCUCAAUGCGACCAAACAAUGACGACUGUGACUGUGGACCAGCCCCUUUUUAUGGAUGUGGACAUAUGAUGUAGAUGUAAAACAAAAUUGUGAUUUAGAUUUUUGAUUUUAAUUGUUAGUUUUUAAAGAAUAUUCAUUUUGUUUUUCUACAGGCAUUGUCAGUCAAACAACCAUCACGACAACAUAAAUUUAGUCAUUUCUUAUCUGCCCUGCGUGAUUUAUCAAAUCUUUCCAUUAGUCUCUAGCAACUCAGCUGGAUUGGAUUCCACUCAGCAGGCAUCAUGAAGAAUGUUAGUGUUGCUGUGAGCUGUAACGAAAUGAUGAAAACUGACUAUGCAUGCAUGCUUUUAUUUUUGGUUCACGUGUCUCCUUUUGUUUGAAGUUGUUUACUUUGACUGUAAGAAAGUAGUACAGGAGAACAGGAACACAGUAUAGGAAUGCUGCUGUGUCAGUCUCCUGUUGACAUGUUUGAUGCCCUCUGUAGAUAAAACGUUAUUUACAAUGAAUUUCUUACUGACGUGUUUCCAUGUAACAUGUGAAGCUACAUCCUCACAGCAGCUUUAACUAGGUCACAUAAAAAAAAGUAAAUAAAUCUAUUUCAGGAUUGAUUUUGAUAGAUGUAAAGGAUGAUUUUAAUAUUUGUAGAAAUGACACUACACAGGGUACAAAGGGCCAACAUCAUUUUAAAGUGACUACAGCAGUUUUCUGUUUAUGAAUGUUACGGUAGGAUUUAAUUCUCAUAAUGCAGCAGCAGUGUGUUUCACCCUGUUGAAUUUAUAGUAGCAUUCUUUUCCUGUUUGCUUCCAACUGUACAUUAAUACCAAGUGCUUUAUUCCACGAGCUAUAACUCAGCAGUUCUCAUGUUCUGAUCUCGUCACUCAGACAGAGUCAUCUUUAGUUAUCUUUUGUCAGUUAGUCUGCACAGAAAUCUCUCAGAAUGUUCUCACCCUGUUCUGGUUGGCAUCGACCUUAUUUCAUUGCCAAAAGUUGACGCUGUCGGCCUAUUGUGUUUGCUUCUAACUGCGGUUAAGAAGUUUGGAUGUUUCCGACACGUGGCCUCACUUGUACUUCACAAAAUUCUGUAUAAAAACAUGAACGUGGAAGGCACUGUUUGGAUUACUUAGAUUUUUGUCUUAUUUUGGUUGGUUGGUUCAUAGUCUCAUACUGUAGCACCAGUGCUGUUAUAUAUAUAUAUAUAUUUUUAAUGUGUGAAUUAUUGGUUAGAUUAUUAUUUUUGAUCGUUUUAUCGACUAAUUGAAAGAAUUUUAAAAUAUGUUUGUGGUUUUGUUACUUCCAUCCAGUAUAACCAGAUCAUCCUUGAGGACUGCAUUGUGUUUUCUUAAACAUAUUUUGUACUACAACCACGAUUCCAAAAAAGUUGUGACACUGUGUUAAACGUAAAUUAAAAACAGAAUGCCAUCGUUUGAAAAUGAACUGUACUGACAACAGUACCUGUACCAGCACCUAUUAACAUUGACCCUGUUUACCUGUGGAAUGUUGCAGACAGGUGAUUUGGGGGCAUUCUGCAACUGUCCCAGCCUUUGUUGCCCCCGUCCUAACUUGUUGUAAAGUGUUGGUGUUGAGGUAAAACAUUAAAUAUAUUGUCUGUCUUUAAUUUGUGUCAAAGGAUUUUUGAGAAAUGAUCCUAUUGUUUAUUUAUGUCACACAGAGUAUACUAUCUUUUUUGGAAUCAGUUGUACACAGCUUGGUGGUCAGAAAAUGUAUACAAAAAAAACUUUUCAUGCAUAAAUUCCCAGAUAAUCAUAUCACGUCUGGAGCAUCUGUAACGCAUCGCCAUAACGGGAUCAAGUUAAGAGUCAAAUAUUUGUGCAGAUUAAACCGUUUGUAAGUAAUCAACUUUUAGGGGUUCACUGUUGACCAGUCUUGGGAGUGGAGUUCACUGUAAGGCCAGUAUUACCUUUACAUUAUCUCUGGUCAAACACUACAUCAUUGUCAUAUUUGACUUUUGUAAAUAAAAUAUUACCAUCAUAAA